AUGGUGUCGCCAAAGCAGACCCAGACGACGGAUAUUUGCACAGCGACACAUGAGUUCAGCAGGCGGUUCCUUCAAAAUACUCUGGGUGGCACUGGCUCGCGUAUGGUAGAGAAUUACGUCGCUCAAACGCCGCUACCAGAUGAUCCCGCGACAUGGCGGACUCCUAUAUUGGGUGGUUCAUCGCGCCGUACUUCUCUGGCGCACACUCGUGGAAGCAAUACUGCGGCCCCGAGUCAGCGACACUCACGGAAACAGUCUGUGACCAGUAUCAGCAUGCCGGGAUCCAGUGUGUUCCCAUCACUAGCGACACCAAAGCUCGAUAUGUCGCCCCUCUUCCAUCCUGCCACUUGGCGUGAACGACGCACAGCUAAGCAGCAUGCGUUGCAAGACGACCAAGUCGAGGCAUUCCUGGAGACUCGUCCCUGCUACGCCUGCAUCGAAUCAGGCCAACAACCCUUAUUCAUGCCUGGCACUGGUGGCGGCGUCAUGGUCAUUGAACAGUUCCCACUAGAUGAAAGCAUUCCUGUCUUUCUCAGCAAGGAAGAUGCUUACCUCUAUGUCGGCAACUACAAAUUUGCCGAAUCAUUCAACAUGAGUCCGGCCAAAUGGGAAGAGCUAGCGUACGGUUCCAAGCUCGAGUUUUGUCAUGCUCUUCUACAAUCUUCUUCCGACGUGCACUCUCUCCAAGCAGCUGGUCUGACUGGAGACUGGGCGCGUGACUUUGAGCUCCGAGCAGAUGUGCGGCAGGAACAGGUCAACCGUCUCAUGCGUCUGAUCAGCUCACGGGACUUUGAUGUUCAGUUCGCUGAAGCCACUUUCCAGGAGUUUGACGCUGCUUUUUACGACACACUUUGUCGUCGCAGUGUCAGACAGUCUAUUGUCUCUACCAUCGAAGACCGCUCGACUGCUUCAGACGAAGCCCUCCCGUCCUUCCCCAAUGAAGCAAGUCGCUCUCGUCGCUCCUCCAAGUUCUCUAUGCGCAAUGUCUUUCGUCGCUCCCACGAGAGCAUCCCAGGAGCCUCGCCGAAUGCCUUCACCAAGACGCCCACGCCAGAACACCUCUUCCGUCAACGUCUGUUUAGCCCGUCUGAGACUGAGCAAACGCCUCGCGUUUGCAGGACCGAACCCAUCGGUGGUGUCACACCUCUGAGCUUCUCCAACCUUCAACAACUUGGUGGCACUCACAAAUCCCGUGGGCCUGGACUCGAUGGUCGUGUGGCUGUCGCUGCUUGGGAAGCGGCACAGCACAGCUACGAAGGCUCUGCACCAGAUCAAGGUCUUGGUCUUGGUAUCCUUGGCCAUGAUAUGUCACGAACGAAGGAUUUCCGCGGUAUUGUCACUGAGCCGGAAGUGCGAGAGGAGCGACCGGGACUGCAACGGACCAUCACGAAUGCAGAGUCACUCUUGAGUUAUGCGACAUACAAGUCGAUGAUGACAGAGGAGAGUGCUUGCUCUGAUUCCUUUUUUGAUGAAGACGAGGAGCUUGAUGAGGACAGGGACGGGCCUACUCGAUUGCGACAGCACUUUGAGGAAGCCGAUAGUCAGCUUCGAGAGGACCGGCUUGUGCAAAGACUGCAGCAAGUUGCGGAGCACGAUUCACAAAAACACAUGCUUCAGAUUGUCAGAGCGGCGAAUGGCGAGCGCGUCUUUGUCUUGUAG